AUUGGCUGUCUUGAGGAAUGCGGUCGUCCCCUUGGGAAAGUACAUAUCUGGGAGCAGUAGGCGGCUCCGCGCUCGCACUCCGGCUCGGCCGUCCCGCCUCGCGCUCGCCUCGCCGCUCCCGCAGCAGCCCCCGGGCCACUCGCCACCGCCACCAUGGACGCCAUCAAGAAAAAGAUGCAGAUGCUGAAGCUCGACAAGGAGAAUGCCUUGGAUCGAGCGGAGCAGGCGGAGGCCGAUAAGAAAGCAGCGGAGGACAGGAGCAAACAGCUGGAAGAUGAGCUGUUGGCGCUGCAAAAGAAACUCAAGGGCACUGAAGAUGAACUGGACAAAUACUCCGAGGCUCUCAAAGAUGCCCAGGAGAAGCUGGAGCUGGCAGAGAAAAAGGCCACCGACGCUGAAGCUGAUGUAGCUUCUCUGAACAGACGCAUCCAACUGGUUGAGGAAGAGUUGGAUCGUGCCCAAGAGCGUCUGGCAACAGCUUUGCAGAAACUGGAGGAGGCCGAGAAGGCAGCAGACGAGAGUGAGAGAGGCAUGAAAGUCAUUGAGAGUCGAGCCCAAAAGGAUGAGGAGAAAAUGGAAAUUCAGGAGAUCCAACUGAAAGAGGCCAAGCACAUUGCUGAAGAUGCUGACCGCAAGUAUGAAGAGGUGGCCCGGAAGCUGGUCAUCAUUGAGAGUGACCUGGAGCGUGCAGAGGAGCGGGCUGAGCUCUCAGAAGGCAAAUGUGCCGAGCUUGAAGAAGAGCUGAAAACUGUGACGAACAACUUGAAGUCCCUGGAGGCUCAGGCCGAGAAGUACUCUCAGAAGGAAGACAAAUAUGAGGAAGAGAUCAAGGUCCUUUCUGACAAGCUGAAGGAGGCUGAGACUCGAGCUGAGUUUGCGGAGAGGUCAGUAACUAAAUUGGAGAAAAGCAUUGAUGACUUAGAAGAUCAACUCUACCAGCAACUUGAGCAAAACCGCCGCCUAACUAACCAACUAAAGCUGGCCCUGAAUGAGGACUAAACUUAAGUGGGAAAGAAGUUGGGCUGGAUUCUAGGAAUGGAGCCCAUGGGCAGUAAAUCUAAGACUGUCAUACCUUCAUCUAUAGGGUUGAAAACAGUUGCUUUCGGCCAAAAUGUACAUGAAAGGAUUCAGCUGAAAGGCUGGCCUUACCUACAUUUUCCUCCUCUAUCUGGAAUAAUUCAGUUCACUUUAAUCCCAGAAAAGCUGUAUGGUAAAAUGUAUACAUUGUGUUUAUGAAUAAAUAUAACAAUUAAUUCAACACUCCUCUUUGCAACAGUAGGUCCUCUUGUUUGAAUUAAUACGUAAUGAAGACACCCCCCC